UACAUGAGAUUUUACUCUCAAUUAUUAAUAAUUGAAGAAUCUCAAUACUUCUGUUUGUAUUUAGUUACCUUAUUAAGCACUAGCAUCUUGUGUAAUCAAGAAAAUUAGGCUGGGCGAGUGAAUAUGUAAGGCCUUGAAUCAGAGGCUUCGAUUUAGUUUUAUUAGGUUGGAGGCUAGAUAUUCCCCCAAAGUGAUUUAGAAUGCUAGAUUCUUCCAAGGAUGAACGCAGUGAGAAGGAUCAAAAGCACAAAAAACAGCUAGAGGAGAUGAAUAAUGAUUUGUUAGCACUUCUGAGGUCUAUGGAUCAGCUUGGGGUCAAAUUGUUUAUGUUGAAGACCGAGGAAAAUCCUUCAUCCGAGGGUUCUGGUUCCAGCAGAUUUGAAAAUCAGCAGGAAGAUCAGUACGAUGAUCAGGUGGAUGAAGAUAGUCACUUAAUAUUCGAUGAUUCAGACGGGGAGGAUGAUGCAAGAGCUUGUUUUCCAUGCCCCUUCUGUUAUGUGGACAUUGAUUUGCCUAUGCUCUGUAACCAUUUGCAAGAAGAUCACUGCUUUGACUUGAAAAAUGCAGUUUGUCCUUUGUGUGCGGCCAAUCUUGGGAAAGAUGUGAGUGGGCAUUUUAUAGUGCAGCAUGCAAGCUCGCUAAAGCGGAGGAAAAAAUCUGGGAAAUCUGGCUUGACUGGUAAUUCAGCAAUGCUUGGCAAAAGGUUUCCAGCAAAUGCUGUGGGAAACAAACAUGAAUCUGCACCUGAUCCACUUCUCUCACUGUUUAUCAACAACAUGCAGUUUUUGGACCCUAAAUGUAUCCAGCAAGAUGAAAGCUUCAGAGAUGAUGCCUCUGACACAUCUGCUGUGAAAAGCAUGGAGCCAUCUUCACUGGAUGAAGGCCAUGAACAGGAUAACGAAGAGAGAAGGCAGAAAGCGGCUUUCGUCCAACAGUUGAUCAUGUCAACCAUUUUCUGAGACCCAUUCUCAUGCCUUGCGAAGCUCAAACUUUUCCAGAAGAUGCAAAAGGGUUGUUGCUCCGCUCAUUUGAUCGUCUGACGGCUCGUUUUCAACUGGCACUGGGUUUUUAUGGUGCAUGAUAGUAGGAGGAUGCAAAAAAUAGUUUCUAUAUUAGGUAGCCUAGAAACUUGGUCGAUCUGGAAAUGGCCAACUAAUACAGCAUUACUUCUUGGUCGAAGGCAGUGUGAUAGUAAAUCCUCGACUGGGAGUACCAACCUAUCUAUCUCCUAAUGAGUAGAACCAAACAUUUCAGUUAUAAAGCUAAUUAAAUCUUUUGAUAGUUGGUAA